GAAAAUAAAAAGGAACACAGAAAGAACGGUGAAAAAGUUAGGGCUCACACCAGAUCACCGGUCCACCAUCUUCGUCAUUCUGUUCUCAGAACCAUGGCUGCUUCAACUUCAACAUUGCCGGUGCGACUGCUUUAAGUAACGGACUCAGUUCACUUCAUUCAUUUUAGAUAUCCUCUUCGUUGCUAUCACCCAAGUUCGUUCUACUUGCCAUUCUUCCAACAUACGACAAUGCCUCGGUAUUACUGUGACUAUUGCGACACUUAUCUAACCCAUGAUUCGCCAUCUGUUAGAAAACAGCAUAAUGCUGGCUACAAGCACAAGGCAAAUGUACGAACCUACUAUCAGCAGUUCGAGGAGCAACAAACCCAAAGUUUGAUUGACCAAAGGAUUAAGGAACACCUUGACCAAGCUGGAGCUUAUCAUCAGGUUGGUGCGGCUUAUAAUCAACAUCUACUUGCUCAGAGGCCUCGUCUUCCUGUUCUACCAACACCUAUGAUGCCACACAUGCCUGGAGGUGGACCACCAAUGCUACCCGGGAUGAUUAGACCUCCUGUUUUGCCUAGACCAGGUCCUGGUGCUCCAGGAGGCUAUGGUCUUCAUCCAAACAUGCCACCAAUGCUGGCUCCUCCCGGUGCUCCACCUGGGGCUCCUCCUGGUGCUCCAUCCAUGCCUGGCCAAUUAAAUUCUCUCCCGAGGCCCCCAACCAUUAACGUUCCCUCAGCCAUUCCCGGGACAGCCGCACCAGCUUCUUCCAUGGGUGCCCCCUCGCAGGCUCCACCUGGGAUGUAUCAAGCCAAUCCAGCACCACCAUCAAGUGGAGGCUAUGAUAGUUUUAAUCCAAGUACUCAGGCUACGGACUCUAAUCAGUAGACUCGUUAAAUUGUAAAAUGGAAAUAUUCGGGGACCCGGGAAACAAGUGAUGCUUCUGACUAUUUGGGUUAUUUCAUCUACCAUGAUGUGAAGGAAUCUGUUUUUGGAAGCUUUAAUGUCAAAAGUUGUGGAUUUUGUGAAGUGUUGUUGACAUUAAAUUUGAACAAACUAGGAGAAUUUUGCAAAAAAUGAAAAAAUUGAAAUCUAUACCCUGUUUUAUUAGACAGUGAUAGAUACAUUCUUAGAUAUGAUUCUAGUUAGGCUGAGAGAAAUACGAAAGACCAUGCAAGGUUUUGCACAAUUUGUAGGAACCAUGCCAGUUUGAAAGAAGUGCCAAACAGCAGUUGAUCGAUUUAUGUUUUCAUGUGGGGAUUGCAUUUCUCUCAUUAAUGCUAGAAGUUGCUAUGUAUUUUAAAAUUCUAAAGAUGGCUUUGGACAUUGAGAUUUUGUUGAAAGCAUUGUUUUUUAGUUUGCUUUUA